GGCGGCGAACCGGCUUCAGAUGCUUCUGGGUCGCGGUGGGGAAAGCGUUCUAAUCUGUGUGCGUGUGUGUGUGUGAGCUUGAGAGCCCAGGCUAGAACGACCCGGUGAGGGAUGGCGGCCACCAGGACGGCGGCCGCCGCGGCCACGGGCAAACUCCUGAUACUGCUGCUGCUCGUGCUUACGGCACCCGCUGCGGCGCUGGCCGGCUACAUCGAGGCUCUUGCAGCCAAUGCUGGAACAGGAUUUGCUGUUGCAGAGCCACAGAUUGCAAUGUUCUGUGGGAAGUUAAAUAUGCAUGUGAACAUCCAGACUGGGAAAUGGGAACCUGACCCAACAGGCACCAAAAGCUGCUUUGGAACAAAAGAAGAAGUUCUUCAGUACUGUCAGGAGAUGUAUCCAGAACUGAAGAUCACAAAUGUGAUGGAAGCAAACCAGCCUGUCAGUAUUGACAAUUGGUGCCGGAGGGACAAAAAACAGUGCAAGAAUCACAUUGUUAUACCUUUCAAGUGUCUUGUGGGUGAAUUUGUAAGUGAUGUUCUGCUAGUUCCAGAAAAGUGCCAGUUUUUUCACAAAGAACGGAUGGAGGUGUGUGAGAAUCACCAGCACUGGCACACAGUAGUCAAAGAGGCAUGUCUGACUCAGGGAAUGACCUUAUAUAGCUAUGGCAUGCUGCUGCCCUGUGGAGUAGACCAGUUCCAUGGCACCGAAUAUGUGUGUUGCCCUCAGACAAAGGUUAUUGACUCUGUAGACUCUACUGUGUCAAAAGAAGAAGAAGAAGAGGAAGAGGAGGAAGAUGAAGAGGAAGACUAUGAUAUUUAUAAAAGUGAAUUUCCCACUGAAACAGAUUUGGAAGACUUCACAGAAGCAGCUGUGGACGAGGAGGAUGAGGAAGGGGAGGAAGUGGUAGAAGACCGUGAUUACUACUAUGACACCUUUAAAGGAGAUGACUACAAUGAAGAGAACCCAACUGAACCCAGCAGCGAGGGAGCUAUUUCAGACAAAGAAAUUGCUCAUGAUGUUAAAGCUGUCUGCUCCCAGGAGGCGAUGACGGGGCCUUGCCGGGCUGUGAUGCCUCGUUGGUACUUCGACCUCUCCAAGGGAAAGUGCGUGCACUUUAUAUAUGGCGGCUGCGGCGGCAACAGGAACAAUUUUGAGUCUGAGGAUUAUUGUAUGGCUGUGUGUAAAGCGAUGAUUCCUCCAACUCCUCUGCCAACCAAUGAUGUUGAUGUAUAUUUUGAGACCUCUGCGGAUGAUAAUGAGCAUGCUCGCUUCCAGAAGGCUAAGGAACAAUUGGAAAUUCGGCACCGCAACCGAAUGGACAGGGUAAAGAAAGAGUGGGAAGAGGCAGAGCUUCAAGCCAAGAACCUCCCCAAGGCAGAGAGGCAGACCCUUAUUCAGCACUUCCAAGCUAUGGUUAAAGCAUUAGAGAAGGAAGCAGCUAGUGAGAAGCAGCAGCUGGUGGAAACCCAUCUGGCCCGUGUGGAAGCCAUGCUGAACGACCGUCGACGGAUGGCUCUAGAGAAUUACCUGGCUGCCCUGCAGUCUGACCCGCCUCGGCCUCAUCGCAUUCUCCAGGCUUUGCGGCGUUAUGUCCGUGCUGAGAAUAAAGAUCGCCUGCAUACCAUUCGUCAUUACCAGCAUGUGUUGGCUGUUGAUCCAGAAAAGGCAGCCCAGAUGAAAUCCCAGGUAAUGACACACCUUCACGUGAUUGAAGAAAGAAGGAACCAAAGCCUCUCUCUGCUCUACAAAGUUCCUUAUGUAGCACAAGAAAUUCAAGAGGAAAUUGAUGAACUUCUUCAGGAACAGCGAGCAGACAUGGACCAGUUCACUGCCUCCAUCUCAGAGAGCACUAUGGACGUCCGGGUGAGCUCUGAGGAGAGUGACGAGAUCCCACCGUUCCACCCCUUCCAUCCCUUCCCAUCCUUACCUGAGAAUGAAGACACUCAGCCGGAGUUGUACCAUCCAAUGAAAAAAGGGUCCGGAGUAGGAGAGCAGGACGGGGCACUGAUUGGUGCAGAAGAGAAAGUGAUAAACAGUAAGAAUAAAGUGGAUGAAAAUAUGGUCAUUGAUGAGACUCUGGAUGUUAAGGAAAUGAUUUUCAAUGCCGAGAGAGUUGGAGGCCUUGAGGAAGAACCGGAAUCUGUGGGACCUCUGCGGGAGGACUUCAGUCUGAGCAGCAGUGCUCUUAUUGGCUUACUGGUCAUUGCAGUGGCCAUUGCCACAGUCAUCGUCAUCAGCCUGGUGAUGCUGAGGAAGAGGCAAUAUGGCACCAUUAGCCAUGGGAUUGUGGAGGUUGACCCAAUGCUUACCCCAGAAGAGCGUCACCUGAACAAGAUGCAGAACCAUGGUUAUGAAAACCCAACCUACAAAUACCUAGAGCAGAUGCAGAUUUAAGUAGCAGGAAGCAUGUGGCACCCUGAAUGAAGGGGUGGUGCAGUGGGCCAGAACAGGUCCCGCAUUUUGGACCAAUUGCUGACCCCCAGCUGCUGUCAGAAGGUCUCAUCUUACAUCUUGACCUCCUGGAUUGUUUAAGACUCUAAAGUACUACUGUAGAAUUGCAAUUUCCAUUCUUUUAAAUGGGUGAAAAAUGUUAAUAUAACAAUAUAUGAUAUAUAAACCUUAAGUAAAAUGGAAAAAAAAAUCUAUUGCAGAUAUCUGAUGGAUGUAGUUUUCUUUUUUAAAUUAAUCAAAUCCCACUUCUAUUGUAUGGUCUCACAUGCUCUCUAUAUAAAUGGAAAUUGUUGAUUUUCAAUGAUAGACUGUAUAUGCAGACUGUUUGUUCCAGUUACAUUGUGUGUAAGUCAACUCUUUAGGCUCAUUCACUGUUCUGAUUUUUAUUAUUUAAAAAAGAUAAAAAGGCAGUAUUCCCUUUUUAAACUUUCAGAAAGUUGCUGAGAAACUUAGUGGAAUAGGAAACUGCAGUUGACCAUGAAGCACAUCAUGAUGCCCUUGCUAAAUGAUUCUGAAGGGUCAGUAGUCUCUUGGAAGCCCAGUGUUUGCAGUCUGGGUGGGAGCCUUGGAGUCUUCAUACUAGUUAUGUCACCAAGGUGGGGUGUCAAGGCAUUUUUGUUCCCAUGUCUUUCGGCAAGCCUAAUGCAUACAGAUGGGGGUGUCCACUGCUGCUUUCCUUCUAAAUCCAGUUCUUCCACAGCAACUAGCCUGUAGUUUGUGAAAUUGUUUCACUAUUUUUAGUUCACUUACUGUAGCUUUUUACUCUUCACUUCCCCUUAAAAUUGUGUGCAGAUGUGCAGUCUCUUCUUCUUUGGAUGUCUCCCUCUAAGGCACUGACCCUUGGCCUCCUUUUGUACUUUCACUUCUGCCUCCUCUCCUGUCAUCCAGAGAAGACACUACUAUAAGUAGAUGAGGGAGGGUCCAGAAGAGAGCAUGGGGAAUAUUUAUGUGAUAAGAGAAUGUUCCGGGUUGUACACAAAACUGGAUCUUUAGACACUGUGGAAAGCUUUGAAGAUUUUUUGUUUCUUUCACAUGAGUCUCUGUAAUGCUUGUAUAGUUCAUGUUGAUGCUCACAGCUUUUCCUUUUUCCCAUUUUCAGUUGAAGGUUCUGGUAACCUGUGGUGUAUUUUUUUUUCCUGGUUUUUUUUUUUUUUUUUUUUUUUUUUUUUGGACUUUUUUUGUUUUCUUUCCUCCCUUUGCCCUUAUCCAUGUCUCUUCCCACUAUGCACAGAUUAAACUUCACCUACAGACUCCUUAAUAUGAUCUGUGGAGAAUGUACAGAGUUUAAACACAUCAAUAAAUACUUUAACUUCCA